AAAAUGAGUUUCGGGGCAAGCUCCUGAAUCAGCGUUGGACUCGAGGCGAGAGGAUCAGCCGCUGCCAGCCCACACAGAGGCUGCAGAGUAGACCAAUCAAGAUGAGUGUGGAGAGUGAUGACAAGCGAAGCACACGCACGCGCUCCAAGGGAAUCAGAGUUCCCACCGAGCUCGUUGGACAAGAGCUGAGCUGCCCCACCCCUGGAUGCCAUGGCUCUGGCCACAUCAGUGGGAGAUAUUCACGACACAGAAGUGUGCUGGGCUGCCCAUUAGCCAGGAAGAGACGUCUGGCGGAUGCUGAGGCAGAGCAGGAGCAGCCAUCUUCUAAAAGGAAGUCCCACCCUCUAAAGCUUGCCAUGGACGAGGGCUUCAGCGUGGACAGUGAUGGGAGCAGCGAGGACGAGGGGGAGGCCAGGGAGGAGGAAGAGGAGGAGAAGGAGAAGGAAGAGAAGACAGAGGAACAGCCACAGGAAGAAAAGCCAGAGGAGGAGCAGGAGGAAGAGGAGGAGGAAAAGGAGGAGAAAGUGACAGAGCAGAAAGAGGAGAGCAUAGAUGCAGAUGAAGAAGAAUGCAUGAUCAUUGAGCCGGGAUCCAGUAAAACAACAUGUAAAGCUGAGGAGGGGGAAUGGCCUAAGAGAGCGGACUACCCCAGCUACCAUCAGAUCCUAGCCAACUCUCUACUAUACCUGGGCGGAGUCCCCGACACCGCAGAGACCACCUCACAGGAGCCCGUUACCAUGGUGACAGAGAAGGAUAUCACAGCUGUGGAGCACGCCACGGUGGCAGUGGAACACCCAGUAGAGGAGGAGGAGGAGGAGGAAGAGGAGGAGGAAGAGGAGGAGGAAGAGGAGAUUGAGGAGGAAGAGGAGGAAGAGGAAGAGGAGAUUGAGGAGACAAGGGAGGCUGUGACACAGAAAACCUUUGAGCACCCGUAUUUCACUGGAGACAUUCACCAGCAGCAGGACAAGGCUGAGGAAGACGAGGAGGAGGAAGAGUAUGAAGAGGAGAGGAGAGAAGCAGAGCACCAGCCACAGGAGAUCCUGGAUGAAGAGGAGGAGGAAGAUGACAUUGAGGAGGUGGAUGAGAGAGUGCACCCUGUCGUCCUGCCCACCUCUACCUCCAUUAGCAGCAAUGCAGCAGCUCAGGGACCAGCCACACAGGGGGACAGAACUAGAGAGCACUACAUGCCCAAAAGGAUCAGCCUCCUGGAGAACUACAAUUCCCACAGGACCAGCUCACAGGAGAACUACAACCCCCACAGGACCAGCCUCCUGGAGAACUACAACCCCCACAGGACCAGCCGACUGGAGAACUACAACCCCCGCAGGGCCAGCCCACUGGAGAACUACAAUCCCCACAGAGUCAGCCCCUUACAGCACUACAUCUCCCAUAAGGCCUCAGGAGCCUCUGACAUAAUCGAGGUGCGCUCAGAGGAUUCGGGGAAGGACUAUGAAGAUGGUGAUGAGGAGGAGGAGGAGGAAGAUGAUAGUUUGUCUCAGAGGUGGACUGAUGAGUCAGAGACGUAUGAUAUGACCCGGGGAAAUCUGGGGCUCCUGGAGCAGGCCAUCGCCCUGAAGGCAGAACAGGUGAAGGGGCCUCGCGACCUCCUCCUCCUCCGUCACCCCGCCGUCACCCCGGAGCUCCACCACCGCUACUUCAGCAUGGACGACCGGCCCAAACACCUGAACAUGGUUAAGCAGCGGUAUGUUGUGUAUCUUCUAGCUGUCUCUACAGAGGGCAGCAGGCCAGAGAAGCGGGAGAUCAAAUGCCCCACCCCUGGCUGUGACGGGACUGGUCAUGUUACCGGACUCUACCCUCACCACCGCAGCCUGUCUGGCUGUCCUCACAAGGACAGGAUCCCCCCUGAGAUCCUGGCCAUGCAUGAGAACGUGCUGAAGUGUCCGACUCCAGGCUGCACCGGACAGGGCCAUGUUAACAGCAACCGCAACACCCACCGCAGUUUGUCAGGAUGCCCCAUCGCAGCCGCAGAGAAGCUGUCCAAGAGCCUCAACCUUGACAAGCAGCAUCUCUCCCAGCCAGUCAGAGAGCACCUCAAAGAAAGUCCCAACAACAAUGACCGAGUCCUGAGGCCCAUGUGUUUUGUGAAGCAACUGGAGGUGCCUCAUUAUAGGCAGUACAGGCCCAACAUGAUACCCGCCACACCUCGUGCCAACCUGGCCAAGGAGCUGGAGAAGUACUCCAAGGUCUCCUUUGAUUAUGCAAGCUUCGACUGUCAGGUGUUUGGAAAGCGUGUACUUGCAUCAAAUAUACCGACCAGCGAAACCUCACCCAAAGCCUUCAAAUCUAAAGUCUCGUCUCCAAAGUCUUCUUCUCCCAGCCUCAGCCUGCAUGGAGGCUAUGGAAAGACUGCCUCGUCUUCUGCCUACGACUACUCCCAUGAAGCCCAGGCAGCCCACAUGGCCGCUACAGCCAUCCUCAACCUGUCCACGCGCUGCUGGGAGAGGCCUGAGAACCUGAGCACCAAGCACCAGGACCUGGCUAGCAAGGACAUCGGGUUGGAUGAAAAUGGCACUCUGGACCUGAGCAUGAAGAAGCCCGUCAAACGAGAGGGUACCAGCCCUGAGUUGUGCUCCCCGGACCCUUCCUCCUCUUCCUCCCUGCACCAUGGAGGUAGCAGUGGCAUGACCUCGCCCCACACAGGCCACGCCUACAAACAGGAACACUGGGAGGAGCCUCUGGACUACACGAAACCCAACCGCCAGCGAGAGGAGGAUGUAGAGGAGCUGGAGCACCACACAGCGCGGUCGUUUGCCUCGUCCGACCCUGAGGACAUGGACCUGAUGCAGGACUAUCCCGAGGAGAGGAAGUACCCUGGAGAGGUCACUACCCCAAACUUCAAGGUCCAGUUCCAACAACCCAAGGACUGCAAGAAAGAUCUGCUCCUGUGCCCCACUCCUGGCUGUGACGGCAGUGGCCACAUCACUGGAAACUAUGCAUCCCAUCGCAGUCUGUCUGGCUGUCCUCUUGCUGAUAAGAGUCUUCGUUCCCUCAUGGCGGCCCACUCUGCUGAGCUCAAGUGCCCCACUCCAGGAUGUGAUGGUUCAGGACAUAACACUGGAAACUACGCCUCCCACAGAAGUUUGUCUGGGUGCCCGCGUGCCAAGAAAGGUGGAUUAAAAACAUCUCCCACCAAGGACGACAAGGAGGACUCCGAGCUCUUAAAAUGCCCCGUGCCUGGCUGUGACAGCCUGGGUCACAUCAGUGGGAAGUACGCCACUCAUCGCAGUGCCUAUGGGUGCCCGCUGGCUGCCCGCAGGCAGAAGGAGGGGCUGCUCAACGGUAACCCUUUCUCCUGGAAGGCCUUCAAGACGGAGGCCCCCAACUGCCCCACCCCCGGCUGUGAUGGAUCAGGACACGCCAACGGCAGCUUCCUCACACACCGCAGUCUCUCUGGCUGUCCCAGAGCCUCCUUUGCCAGAAAGAAAGCCAAGCUCCCUGGAGAUGAAUUCCUGAGCACCAAGUUCAGGGCCAGCGACGUUCUGAACAAUGACGAGGACAUCAAGCAACUCAACAAGGAGAUCAAUGAGCUCAAUGAGACCAACAACGAGAUGGAGACAGACAUGGUGAACCUGCAAACACAGAUCUCAUCCAUGGAGAAGAACCUGAAGAACAUUGAGGUGGAGAACAAGCUGAUUGAGGAGCAGAACGAGACGCUCUUCAUGGAGCUAUCUGGCCUCAGCCACGCCCUGAUCCGCAGCCUGGCCAACAUACGCAUCCCACACCUGCAGGAGCCAAUCACUGAGCAGAAUUUCGACAGAUACGUGAGCACCCUGACUGACAUGUACACCAACAAGGAGUGCUUCCAGAACCCAGAGAACAAGGCGCUUCUGGAGAGCAUCAACAAGGCUGUGAAGAGCAUCAAGGUGUGAAAACCUCCACGAGGAAGAAGAGUGAAAACAUGUAAAAGGAGAGAGAUGGCGUCAAGAGACUAGAGUAUAUUUAAAGAGAAUACGAAUACAAAAAGGGCAUUCAGGUUUUAUAAACGGCAACUUAAAUUAAACCCAGGGAGCAUUCUGAAAAGAAGAAAACGUUACUAGGACCAAAAUCCAAACAUGCUGCUGCUGGGAUCGGAAGGAGGAAGUGGAAUGGAACCAAAUCCUUCGGUUUGAAUUGAUGAACAAAAUAUAUAUCUGGGGUUUUGUUUCUUUGUUUUAUGUUACCUUCAUGUAUGUCCUUUUUUGGAGGCAUCUUUGUUUUGGAGGCAUCUCUGUUUUGGAGGCAUCUCUGUUUUGGAGCAUCUCUGUUUUGGAGCAUCUCUGUUUUGGAGGCAUCUCUGUUUUGGAGGCAUCUUUGUUUUGGAGGCAUCUUUGUUUUGGAGGCAUCUUUGUUUUGGAGGCAUCUCUGUUUUGGAGCAUCUCUGUUUUGGAGGCAUCUCUGUUUUGGAGGCAUCUCUGUUUUGGAGGCAUCUCUGUUUUGGAGGCAUCUUUGUUUUGGAGGCAUCUUUGUUUUGGAGGCAUCUUUGUUUUGGAGCAUCUCUGUUUUGGAGGCAUCUCUGUUUUGGAGGCAUCUCUGUUUUGGAGGCAUCUCUGUUUUGGAGGCAUCUCUGUUUUGGAGGCAUCUUUGUUUUGGAGGCAUCUUUGUUUUGGAGGCAUCUCUGUUUUGGAGCAUCUCUGUUUUGGAGGCAUCUCUGUUUUGGAGUUAUCUUUUUGACUGUCCCAAUUCAUACCGUAAUUCAAGCUUUAGUUCAGCAACAAUUUGGAGAAGAAAGAGAGAAAAAAGGAAGGAUGGAAGUAGUGGUAUGAUGUCAGAUAAGAUAGAGGGUAUGUAUGACCUGCCGACAUGAGGUGAAGAAAACCCACUGGACAACUGUCCACAUUGUGUCCCAGAGAAGACACGAAGGCUACAGAAAUGUUGUUCUGGCGCAGGAUAAGGCGAGAGUGCUUGUGUAUGAGUGGGUAGUGUGUGAUAGUGAGCACUGCAGCACUCCUGUCGAGUAGAAGUGAAUGGAGAAUCCCUGAACUCUGGGUGCUUCUUGAGCAAUGGUUCAUGUGCUUCUUGAGCAAUGGUUCAUGUGCUUCUUGAGCAAUGGUUCAUGUGCUUCUUGAGCAAUGGUUCAUGUGCUUCUUGAGCAAUGGUUCAUGUGCUUCUUGAGCAAUGGUUCAUGUGCUUCUUGAGCAAUGGUUCAUGUGCUUCUUGAGCAAUGGUUCAUGUGCUUAGUGCUGUUACUGCAGCAAGAUGUCAACACGGCUCCAUGUCUUGUCUCAAUUCAAAGGAAAACAGCUCUUCAAGCGAAGAUUAAGUCACAAAUCACUGGUUUCCUUUUCAUCUUAUGAAAAUCAACAACCUUGUCUAUAUAUCUGAUGGAAGAUCUGAGAGCAACAGAUGCAGCCUCCUUUCUUUGAACUGAAUGAGGAUGGUAAUAGAGUGCACACUUGUCUAUUCCUGUUAGUUUGUGGUACAAUAUUUAUUGUUAUAUCAAUUAUUUAAAUUUGUGAAUGCGCAAAUUGUAAUGUAUUGUCAUUUUAUGUGUAUUUAUUUGAUUUGGUCUAUUUAUUAAUUUUUUUUACAUUUAUAUUUAGUAAAUCAAAAAAUGCAACCCUGCUGGGCUAUCAUGGCCAUAAAGAUUUAAAAUAGGGAGUCUUCUACAUCAAUAUUUAAAAAUCUAUAUAGACAACUGUCCACACUUGAUUAUUUUAUAUAUCUUAUUUUAUUUUAAAUAAUUUGUAAACAUUUUUAAUUACAAAUAUUUUAUAACUGACAAUGUUUUGAUAAUUUUAUAAAAGUUUUCUCCUUCAUUUAUGUUAUUUCCUUUAUCUGUAAAGUAUCUUCAGAUACCCACGGCUUAAAAAGAAAGUAUGUAUUUACUAUUUAUUUAAUAUUAAAUAUUGAUAUGAUUGUAUAUUUAUUUUGUUAUUUAUGUGUGUGUUGUGAUGGCUGAGUAUCAGUAGUCUUAAAGUCCAUUGCUAAUAUUUAAAUUAAAUAAAAAACCAUGCUCAGAAAGAAUAAAUAGAUUAUUGUUUAAUUACUUAGGCUUUCCUGGAUAUACCAGCAGUUGUAAAAGCAAAAUAACCAACGAAAGCAAUCACUGUUCUGUUGGUCUCAGUUGCUUUGUGUCAUCGAUGAUUUAUAGACAGAUAUAAGGAUCAAAUGUUACCUCUCCAAGCGCUUUGUAGCGGCCAACACUGGCUUACCCAAAACAUCUUUAAUGUACUAUAGAUGUUUUAAUGCCUUUUGAUAAAUGAUUUUUCUCUUUUCAUUAUUUUUCUCAAUGUGUUGAGCAGAAGCUCCAUAGAGCUCUGUUCCAGAGUGUUCCAUCUAGACUGGAUAUCUGGGUCUAAAACACUUAAAGGACAUCUUCAAGGAAAAACUAAACCAUCAAGGAGGAUGACCUCUGACAAUUUAUAUCACAUCCACUUCUACGCCCUUGUAGCCUUAUUCUAGAUGACAUUUGUUGAUGCACAAAGUGCCACUACCACUCAGUUUCUUUCCUGAUUCUUUGCAUUCUGCAAUGUACGAUGUCUGGUCACAUGACAUGACCAGGGCGUCACAUGACAUGACCAGGGCGUCACAUGACAUGACCAGGGCGUCACAUGACAUGACCAGGGCGUCACAUGACAUGACCAGGGCGUCACAUGACAUGACCAGGACGUCACAUGACAUGACCAGGGCAUCACAUGACAUGACCGAGAGUUGGGAUUGUUUCAGAUGCCUUUAUUUCUUUGCCAAGAUGGCCAUAAGUACACUAUAUAUACAUUCUGUAGAAAUAGAGUUUAAAAUGCUAUAUAUAUAUAUAUAUAUAUAUAUGAAUAGAAACAUACAUAUAUUUUUCCAGUGUAAUUGUUGACUAUUUUUCUCUUGUAUUAGAUUAUCAAAGGAACAGUAGUUGUCUGAGAGUUGUGACGACUAGAGGUGGUUAUGACUGUGGUUUUAAAGAUACUCAACAAAACUGUCAUUGUUUUUUAGGUUUCCUUUUCUGCUCUAUCCUUGAUCCAAACAUGAUAAUAAUAAUAAUAAUAAUAAUAAUAAUAAUAAUAAUAAUAAUAAUACAUGGGACUUAUAUAGUGCUUUUUCAAGGACCCAAAGUCGACAUGUUGUAAACGCUAAUGUCUGUUGUAAUGAAUCUGAAAUGAGUGUUGUUUUAACUAAAUGGUUACCUCUUUGUUCAAGUGUCCUGUGAGUGAGUUCAUGUAUAGAGGACUCUUCAUGGUGGUCACAUUGGCUCUGUAUUGUGCAGUACUGUGUCGUUAUGAUAAGGUUAUGAUCAUGUCAGCCCACUGAGAGGAGUUUUUAAACACGGAUCGCAACGUUAAAAAGCCAAUAGGGAAAGUGUAGUAUUUGCUCUGAGUGAUCUGUUGCAGCUAGUGGGAGACCCUGUGAUAAUAUGAUGAGGUAGCCUAGUGGGAGAUCCUGUGAUAAUAUGAUGAGGUAGCCUAGUGGGAGACCCUGUGAUAAUAUGAUGAGGUAGCUUAGUGGGAGAACCUGUGAUAAUAUGAUGAGGUAGCCUAGUGGGAGACCCUGUGAUGAUAUGAUGAGGUAGCCUAGUGGGAGACCCUGUGAUAAUAUGAUGAGGUAGCCUAGUGGGAGACCCUGUGAUAAUAUGAUGAGGUAGCCUAGUGGGAGACCCUGUGAUAAUAUGAUGAGGUAGCCCAGUGGGAGACACUGUGAUAAUAUGAUGAGGUAGCCUAGUGGGAGACCCUGUGAUAAUAUGAUGAGGUAGCCUAGUGGGAGACCCUGUGAUAAUAUGAUGAGGUAGCCUAGUGGGAGACCCUGUGAUAAUAUGAUGAGGUAGCUUAGUGGGAGAACCUGUGAUGAUAUGAUGAGGUAGCCUAGUGGGAGACCCUGUGAUGAUAUGAUGAGGUAGCCUAGUGGGAGACCCUGUGAUAAUAUGAUGAGGUAGCCCAGUGGGAGACCCUGUGAUAAUAUGAUGAGGUAGCCCAGUGGGAGACCCUGUGAUAAUAUGAUGAGGUAACCUAGUAGGAGACACUGUGAUAAUAUGAUGAGGUAGCCUAGUGGGAGACCCUGUGAUAAUAUGAUGAGGUAGCCUAGUGGGAGACCCUGUGGUAAUAUGAUGAGGUAACCUAAUGGUCAUGGAUGGUGUAAUUAGCUUUUAGCCAGUGUAACGAAACUCUCUUGGGCACUUUUUUAAAAACCAUUGAAAAUGCGAGCAUUUGAGUAUGGACUUUUAGAACACACUGGGUUAUGGUCACUAGCAAAGUACCGGUAUUCACCCCAGCAGAAGAAACAAAGAACUGCAUAUUUGACCUGUUUUGUUAUAUAUAAUGUAAAUCUAAACACUGAUAUAUGUAGAAUGCCCUUUGCAUCAGUGUCCGGGGGUUGAUUCAAUUGAUGCUAUCAGGUUUUUAUACAUGCCAGUAAUACUUUUCAGACCAAACAUUUUGUCCUACCCAUCUAUUGUUUUUAUAGACGGGAAACAGAGUUUGUCUCGCAGGUUACUGGAAAGAACGGACUAAAUCUGCAUAAUAAUACGAUACUAGGGCAUUAGCCAAAGCUUGCGGCAAUAGCAGGGAUUGGAUCAAGCCCUCCAAGUGAAAAGAGAGGAACGUGUGGGAGUGGAGAUUGAUUUGCAGCAUUAGAGGUCUCCCUCUUGGUUUGGAAGAAGUGUUUGUUGCAUAAAUAUGUGUCCAUUACUCAGAAUGUCAAAACCUUUUAAUGGCUUCUCCCUUUCUGUAUUGUGUAACCUUUACUCAGGAAGGAGUUCUUGAUGCAUUUAGUUAAGAAAGUAGCUUAUUCUUCGUCCUCCCUUUAAUGCAUGAGCAUACAACACUACGAGAGUAUUAAGGUUGUGAGUAUUAUCGUAUCUUAUUGGAUAUGGCAUGACCCCUUUUAAACUAGUUGAACAAGCACUGAGAUACUGAGAUUAAAAUAGCAAAAUGACAGUCCAACACAUUUAUAAAGAUAGGUACAGAACUCAAUGUAAUCAAGAUUGUUAAUAACAACGACAGCUUGUCCAUUUUGAUAGUGAGUGAUGGACAUAUUCUUCAUAUAAGGAGUUGAUGUCUUCCGUAUUUGGUAAUGGUUCAAUAUUUUCUAAAUGGUCGAUUGUGAUGGGGAUAGAAGCACUGAAGCUGGACUGUGUCCCAUAAGCACUGACUAGGGUGUUUGAUUGGUCGGUAAAAUACAUGGUCACGUUACUCCAACCAAGGUAAUGCUGUGUUGACACUACAUUUGACUAAAUGGAUGAUAACAUUCAUGUCUGCGGAUGAAACGUGAUGGAGGAACAUGGAUGACAUAUUGUACCACGGCAUGUGAUUGUACCACGGCAUGUGAUUGUAACACGGCAUGUGAAACCAUCCAUUUCAGUUGAUAGUUGUGAAUGAUGUGGUCUCAUGUAGUGGUUGUGAAAGCACAGUGUGUCUGUUUGCUCUGAGAAACAAUGAUCACAUACCUGUGAAUCUCCCUGGAUAAUGGUACAUAUAUUUAAAAAAAUAUCAAUGACCCAAUAUGUCAGUCUGUGAUAGGUCAGGAUACACAGAGAUCCUUCUCUUUCCUGGCCUCCUCCACCUGUUAAAGGGAGGGCAGGCAGGGCCACAGUCGAGUACCCUGUGAACACGAGGAAGAUAGCCCAAAGUUCCCUAUUCCGAGCUAAGUGCUGUACACAUCUGGAGGCCCCUGAGAAUGGUCCCCUGAUUCUGUUCUCUUCAGGGAAAGACAAGGGAGGGACCCAAUCAUUAGGUGCCUAUACUUCAAAACAUUCUCAUCCAAUUCAGAAACUCAAAAAUGUAAAAAAAAAAAAAAAAAAAAAAGUAAAGUAGUAGAUCACAUGAAAGGCAGAAAGGCAUGUCUAGUAGAAUGGUAUAACAUGUUAUUGAGCUAAUCGAACCAAACUCCCUCUGUAGGUACUGUAGCUUAAAGCUGUGUGCUUUUAUCAUGUGUGCCUUUCUCGCUCCACUCAUUGCAGGCAAAGGUAUGUUUACAUUUGAAGAAGCUGGCUCAAAUCCUGCUCAGGAGGUUGGCAGGGGUGAAGAAGCCUUUUUCAGAGGAUAAGGGAGGGUUGGGGGGCUAUUCUUAAAAAAGCUGAGUAAAUAUGUCUUUGACAGGCAGGCAGGCAGAAGAUACUACUACUGUUGCCGUGGUGACACAGUCAUGCUGUUACAGAGACACAAAACAUCAAUAUGUUAUAAUGGUAAAGAAACUGUGACCUAAUUACGUUGAUUCAGGUACCGAACUGCAUGGACAGUUUCUGUGAAGGAAAACUCAAAUGAAAAUAAACUUUAUUAUAGAUAAUGUGUAGGGUAUUAUUUUUUAAACAAGUUGAAGCCUCUGUACAUAUUUGUAUUAAAGAACAGUGUUAUUGUUGUUGUAUUAAAGAAAAGUAAAAAAUUAAAAUGAAAUAAAGUACAUAGAGUUAGUGACAAAAUGCACAGCCAAGGGUUGUCCUGCCAGCGCAUUUUUACAGAGAUGAGCUAUUUCUACUGGCCAUUUUCUAGCCAUUCAUAUUAUUAAAAUCCUUUUGGAAAUUACAAACUUCCAAAAUUACAAGCACUUCCACAAUGAUAGAUAGUAAGGAUUGUUGUUACUUUUGUAGAGGUGGUUGUUCCUCUGCUACCAUGUUGGUGUAAAUCAGGACAACCAUUGGCUGUGUGUUCUCUGGGUCUCCUGUUAUCUUUUGGAAGUUAACUCUGUAGUUGGGCUGAAAUUGUGACUCUGUGUUUGUUCCCAUGUUCCUGUGUCAGUGUCAUAAACUAGAGAAGUGAUGUCAGUUAUUGUGGGCGUAUCAACCAUUUGAAUGUUAUCAAUAAAAAAUAAAAUAAAAACAUGAAUAAAGAAUUAUAGACAAUA